AUGUUUAACAAUAAUAAUUGCACAGGUAUUAUCACAGAUAAUGAAAUUAAUACCAACUGUGAUAAUUUUGAAGAAACUGUUUGCCAAAAACAAAUAUCAAAUGACUUCCCUAAAGAUCAUUUAUUAAAUUCAGAUGAUUUUAUCAUAGAUAUUUUGAAGAAUACAAUGAAUGUAAAUGAAUCACAUCUUACGGCUGCUAUUAAUUACUACCGAUCUUGUAUCACAAACUCUAAGGAGGAAACAUCGUCAAGAAAAGAGAAAAUUAUUCAAUUAAUAUCAUCUCUUUUCAACGGAUGGUCAUUGUCAAUAUAUUCUGAUAAAAUUUCGUUCAAUAUUAGCAACAAUAUACCUGAUGAUAAAUUGUUCAAUCUUACCAAUUUAAUUUUACCACUGAUAUUUCAAAAUGGAAAAACAACUAUAUUUUCUCUAAACAUAGUUCAAAGUAGAAACAAAAGUAUAAAUCGAUAUAUCUAUUCGGUUAACAAUGGAGAAGGAACAGAAGAACAAAUUUCCAAGUUACUGGAGAAUUUUGAAGUGGGGGAAAAUAAGGAAGAAUUGGCAAAAGGUGUUUUUAAUAUGUAUUCAGACAUUAAAAAUGUACUUGAAAUAUUUGAUAAAUUAAAGAUCACUUUGAUUCAAUUAUUAUCAUCGAAUUCAUGGUACAAUCAAAACAAUAAAGGCACUAUUGAUCAGGUUAAAAAUAUUAGUUUAUCGAUAAUUUCAUCGGAAUCAUUGAAUGUGAAAGAAAGAGAGAACAAAGAUUUUAUAUUCAAUAAUAAAAUUCUAGAAAAUAAUUACUUUAUGAAUGAAUAUUAUUCUCGGAAGACUAAACUUCUCAAAUCAUUCGGCGCAACUUUGCGUAAAUACGAUGAACCAGAAGUCCCCAGUUUCACGCCAUACGUAUCUGGAUUGAACAAAGAUAAUAGCAUUCAUAUAUCUACUGGUUUUCUACAUCCACCGUAUUUCAAUGGAUCAUAUUCUAUGUCUGAAAAAUAUGGGAUUAUCGGUUGGAUUAUGGGACGUGAGCUUAUAUCUGCAGGUGACUUUGACAUCAUGUUUUUUUUAUCUAAAUUAUAA